AUGUCAGAUUCAACACCAGCCUCAGCUGCGCCAAGCUCGGGAGCAGGAGUGGGCCCUGCAUCUGUCGUUCUUCCAUCUUAUGACAAUACACUCGGUGCAAUCCUCCUCGGUGGUUUCAUUUCCAUCUUUUUGUAUGGCAUUACAUGCCUUCAGGUCUUUAUCUAUCAUCAGCGCUAUCCAAGGGAUAGGCGCAUGGUGAAGUAUUUUGUUUACUUAAUCUGGGCGAUCGACUCAUUCGAUGCGGCGUUGACUGUGCAAAUUUGUUACUAUUAUUUGGUCUCCAACUACGCGAAUCCAAUUACAAUCUUCUCGCCGGUGUGGAGCUUGAAGCUUCAUGUCUUAGUCACCUCAGUAAGCGACUUCGUCGUUCGAGCUCUUUUUACUCGACGGAUAUACACUUUGAGUCAUGGUAACAAGUGGAUUACUGGCAGUAUUAUGGGAUUGUCGAUCAUAGACUUGGUUGUUGGGACAGUCAUUACAGCACGGGCAUUCCGCAUUCCGACGUUCGCGGGACUGACAGCAGUUGCGAACCUCUUCUACCUGAAUUUUGCGAGUAAUAUCACCGCGGACAUGGCCGUCAUGUUCAUGCUGUCGUAUUAUCUAUGGACUAACAGGACUGGAUCACGAAAGACUGAUUCGUUAGUCGAGAGGCUUAUUUUGUACACUAUCAAUACCGGUGCCAUUACUGUGAUUGAUGCGACGCUUGGGCUCAUCUUUUACGCCGCAAUGCCGACCAACCUCGUUUUCAUUGCGUUUUAUCUCAACUUAAGUAAAUUCUUUGUCAAUUCAUACCUUGCUUCGCUCAACGUGCGCAAGACGCUUCUCUCGUCGAUGAAGGCCGGAGCCGGACAAGGAGACGAUGCAUUCGUGUCCAUUCACCUUUCAAGUCCCGACUCGCAGGACGUCUCACAUAAUAUGCCUGCAUUCCGUCCGAUGGCUGCCACCGGUAUGAGCCUCAGCGUACCUGGCCUUCUGACGGUCCACGAGGACCCCAAGGAAUACAAACGGGGCCGUGAUUGCGACACGCUUGAUAUGGACCUUGAAUCCGGGACGGGCACGGGCAGCACCCACUCAAGGGGCGACGUAUCAACUGCUGUCAACACUCCGGUCGACGGUGACUGCUCGUUGCUGAGCAAGGGCAACAUACAUGUUGAUGGUUUGAAUGGGGAAAAGAACGUCACUAGUGUCCUCGUGCGUGAGGACCAGCAUCCAGACAUCGAUCCGGAGGUGCGUUUUGAAACUUCGACAGCGAAGGAUGAAGACUCAGAUUCGGGCUCGCGCUCCGACUAGUCUUACACUUUGUCGUCGCAAUCUCCUAUCGAUCCGUAGUGGACCACAUGUGCUGGUCUUCGUUACAUCCUUUCAUAGCAUACAUUCUUUGACCUGUGGCAAGGACGUAACUUCUGGAACGAACAUUGCUUCUGACCUCUGGACUCGCGGUAGCCUGUCAUUGUCAUUCUUCAUUUAUCGCCUCGUGUUCCCGUCUUGCCUUGUCCCGGAUUUGAUUACUGCUCCGCCCACAUUGCAUUCGCCUUUCACUUUCCAUUAAUUAUAGCCAUCUAACCUCCGAUCCUCAAAAAGGCUGCCUUGGUCAUGUAGACCUAUUCCACUCGCUAAUGAACUCAUUUCUCGCGCAUUCAUCAUCUCUCAAACAUCGCAUUGC